AUGGCCGCAGCCGCAGUCGCGACGAGCCCGACAACUCCCACCGCACCCAAGUCUCGGCUCUUCGGUCGUCCUGCGUCCGCCAAACCGGCCGAAUCCUCGUUCUCGCCUACUUCGCCGUGGUUUCUCUCGCGCUUCCCUGUGCUGGGGACGAGCUGGGCGGCUCGAGUGGGCGGCGAGUCCGCGGUCGACACGAAGCGCGAACGGCGGUUCUCCUUUGGCGUCGACAAGCCUGCUCGGCCUGGGGCGAAACCGUCGCUCCAGCGUGCACGGUUGGCGAGAACGUCGCUGAUGGCUGCUGCGCGCAAGAUGGCUGGCGGGACAAGAAGGAAGGAGGAGGGCGAGGCGGACGACUCGGGCUUGCGAAGCUACCGAGACAAGGCGCCGAUGUUCAUCAUGAGUUCGCCUGAGCUCGCCACGCCCGGUGAGGAGAAGGCGCAGUGGGACUUGCACGACGCUUCAACCACGACGAAGGAAGCGGAGGGACCGCAAAGCCCGAUGGUCAAGUGGGAUUCGUCAGUGACGAAUGGAGCGAAGUCGUCGUUCCUCCCGCUUUCGCCCGUCGACGGCCACUCACUCGUCCAGUCACACCACCUGUACACGCCUCGACAGUCGUCGGAAGAAUCUGCUGCCUCUCUCGAACCCCUCGACCGCUCGACUCCUCCUCUCGUCGCUCCAUCCGCCUUUCGCCGCGCCCGCUCACCGAAAGCGCUGUGGAACCCUCCAUCGCUCCCUACACCGCCGCCGUCGUCUCCCGAGCCGGUCAACCGUUCGGCAUCGCGCUCGCCGCCUGUCGACGAGGAAACCCGGCAGGCUUUCCGCGCCGAAGCGCUUGCCAAGUUGACGAGUCCGACGCCGACGCAGACAAGAUUUCCUGACGACCUCACCUCUUUCCCUUUCCCCGCUGUCGAACAGCACGCCACGCCGCCCCGCCCAACCCGCCCGCCGCCCGCUCUUCCGACGCCUGACCCGCCGACGCAGAGCUCGACUUCGCUCAUCCUCCCGCUGCCCUCGGCACGCAACAGUCUCUCCGCAGCCGACCUCGCCCCCUCUCCUCCUGCACUCGUUCGCUCAUACUCGGUCGGACUGCAUCCAGAGCCGGUACAGCUCGAUAUCGACUUUCGAGGCCGGCUCGUUCGAGCUCGCAACUCGCACCCGGCGGGCUCGUCACCGGCCCUGACGGUCUCUUCGACGGGCUCGUCGUCUCCCGGCAGCAGCCGCAUCUCGGAUUGGCGGCCGAGUACCGGCUCGCGCAAGAGCAGCGACACGAGCGUGACUGCGUCAGCUCAGAGCUGCGAUCAGCCGUCGAACGACCAGCAGACCGGGCUUUACGCCUUGUCCAGCGACCGCCGUGUCGUCGAGUCGGCCAUCGAUGUGCUCGCCGUGGUCGAGGAGGACGAGCCGCCCUUUCCCGCCUCGCCGCUCUUGCGACCGAAACGCUCUCCGACGAAGCGUGGCGACAGCGACUUGCCACAUCGGCGCCCGUCGCGGGGAGAGAAACGCAUCAGCCUCGACGGGUCCUUGCCUGUGCAGGCGAAACCGGACGUCGUCGUCGUCUCGCGUCAACGGCAUCGUUCGCUCGCGCCUAUUCCAUCGGCCACGAAGCCCCCUCUGCGCCCCUACCGCCUCAGCACCACUGACAGGACCUUCAGCUCCGGCGCAGUCGUCGAGCCCACUCCCUCUGAGCGGGAGCAGCUCGGCCUCUCCGCAUCCAGCAAUGCGAACCCGUCCACCUCCCCCGCCGCAGACCUCCUCACCCGCCCUCUGAGUCCCUCACGCAUCGAACGGCCUCGAGCUGGAAAGCGGUACUUGUCGGAGCUUCACACUCCCGACUCUCGUCCCGUCUCUCCCUCCUCAGACAGAGACUACGGCAUCGGUCUCGGCUUCCCCUCCGGCCUGGUCAGCGGUAAGUCGAGCGUACGAACCCGCCACGAAAGUCUCGUUUUCAGUGGCGACGAAGACAUGGGCGGGGGAGAGUAUCGUCAGCGGCGAGUCAGCAGGCGGAUCUCGUCGGGCGCGGCGACGCGAACCAAGCUGGUGCUACGUGAGAAGGGCAAGCCGGUCUUGACCUACCAACUUGGCGAGUGCAUCGGUCGCGGCCAGUUCGGCUCGGUCUAUCGAGCACUCAACCUCAACACGGGCCAAGUCGUUGCCGUCAAGCGCAUUUCGCUCGAAGGCAAGAGCGAGAACGAGGUUGCCGAGCUCAGCAAUGAAGUCAAGCUGCUCAGGUCGCUUACGCACCCGGCGGUGGUCAAGUACGAAGGACUUGUCCGCACCGAGCACUACCUCAACAUCAUCCUCGAAUUUGCCGAAGGCGGCUCGCUCGAAAAGACGAUCAAGCAGUAUGGCCAGCUUCCCGAAUCGCUCGUCGCGGCCUACGUCCUCAAGAUGCUCGAAGGACUCGCCUACUUGCACGGCGAGGGCGUCGUACACUGCGAUCUCAAGGCUGCCAACGUCCUCUCGACGAAGAAUGGCAACAUCAAGCUGUCCGACUUUGGCGUGUCGCUCAACCUGAACGCGCUCAAGACGACUCGCGGCCUCGCCGCCGCGACGGAGGUGAACGGUACUCCGAACUGGAUGGCGCCCGAGGUCAUCUCGAUGCAAGGCGCGACGGCAGCAAGCGACAUCUGGUCUCUCGGCGCAACGAUCUGCGAGCUAGUCUCAGGUCGUCCGCCUUACGCCGAUCUGGUCGCCAUGAGUGCCAUGUUCCGCAUCGUCGAAGACGACUGUCCGCCGCUUCCGGAUGGCAUCUCGGCGGAGCUCGAGCGGUUCUUGCUACGUUGCUUCCGCAAGAACCCGCAGGAGCGGCCUACGGCAGACAAGCUGUUUGAGGAUCCAUGGUUGGUCAAGCACUCUAUUGGCCUGCAGUCGCGCCCGCAGGACUCGAUUCCCUUCCACCGCCGCAUCUCCUCCGACCACCGCCGCCCGCUCCUUUCGCUUCCCGCCACCCUCUCCUCCGCCGCGGCCUUCACCGACGACAUGUCUGACUCGCCAGUUCCGCUCGUGCCACCUGUUCUGCCUUUCGCGCUCGACGAGCCCGCGCCGAGGGACUCGCUCGACUCGGGCUACCGUGCCGAAGACGAGGAAGUCGCUGCGCCUCCCCUCCCCGCCAUCGACCCGGACGACCUCCCGCACCCGCACUCUUUCGUCAAGAUCACGUCGAGCAAAGCCGUCGACUGCAAGAUCUGCGGCGAGCCAACCAAGCGCCACGCCGUCCUCUGCAAAGACUGCGGCUUGAUCGCCCACUCUCGCUGCAAAGAAUUCGCAUCGACCUGCGACUUGCGCGCGCAGUUGCUCGCGUUCGCGGCGGCGCACAGCGGGACUAGUCUCGCGCGAUUCCCGACGUUGCAGGCGGUUGCGUCCCCGCCGCCGCCGGCUUCUUCGACUCCUCCCUCGUUCGCUUUCGCCGACUACCUUCCCUUCAGCAAAUCUCGCCGUCCGAAGCUCUCCUCUCCAGGCUCUACGACAUCGCGCACGCCGCCCUCUUCUCGUCCAACCUCUCCGUCUCGCCGCCCGUUGCGAACCAUCUCGAACGCCCUGAUGCCGACCAAGACUCGCUCACCCCAGUCGACUCCCCCUCCUUCGCUCGGCAAGUCCCGCGUAAGGCCGCAGUCGACGUCUGUCUCGACCACCACAACACCUACAAAGCGUCGAACGGAGAACGCGAGUGCUGGACCGAUCGAGUUGGGUUCUAUGGCGCCGUCGUCGCCUACUCCGCGCGUCAGCAUCGACCUCCCCUCGCGCACGAACGACGUCGCAACGCCCUCACCGACCAAGGCCGCUGCCGAAACGAACCAGAAGCGCCACCUACGCAGCGUCAGCCAGCCCGUCAACGUUCUCUCCAAGUCGCCCGGCGCGGCCUCGUCUUCUAGCAAGCGCAGCGAGUGCACCGUCAUGUAA